AACCUCAACAGACAAUAAAAGUGUGUCACACCAUAAAAAUGAAAGUUUCUCAUUUAAGUACAGCUUUUAAGGAGAUAUUACUAUGUCAAAAAUAAGAAUACGUGUUAGACAUUAUAAAGAAAACAACCUUUUAAAAAAUUGAUACUUUGUUACAGCAAGCAAAAAUAAUUUUAUUUACUGUACCUUGUACAGUAAGAAAUUUCCAAUUGUUUAGUUUACAAAGAAAUAGGCAGGAUGAAUUUCUCUGAAGAUGUACUAGAAGUUACAGACUUUCUUCUAAACUCAGGAAACAUAGACAAAGAAUUCAUACCUGGCUUUCGUACUUUAGAUUUAUACAAACUUGUGAAAAAAAAUGAUUUAAACCUGGUCAAAUAUUUAUUAGGAAACAAGUUUCACUUUAGUCCAAAUGCUUUAGCUUGCGUUCUUUGGUAUGCAAUUUCCCAUCAAUAUCAUGAAAUGGCCAGGUUGCUAGUAGAAAACGGAGCUGAUGUCAAUCAGUGUGGUUUAAUAACUAAUUUUUACGAUCAUAGAAAAUCGCUUUUAUCAUGGGCUGUGUACUGUAGAAAUAAGCGUGCAGUAAAACUACUCCUAAAACAUGGUGCCAAAGUCAACGACUUUGAUUGGCUUGGAGUGGGUGCUCUCUACUUUGCCAUUAGCAGACAAGAAGUCAAGAUUGCGCGCUUACUUUUAGACAAUGGUGCAAACAUCAACUGUAAAGAUGAUCAGGGCAAUUCGAUGCUACAUAUUGCAGUUGGAACUGGGUUGCCUGACAUGAUCAAACUAUUUAAUAAGUUUAGUGCUGAUGUCAGUGCUACAAACAUUUAUGGACAAAAUGCAUUGCAUUAUGCCGUACAGGGCAUUUAUGACUUCAAGCAUAUUGUAGUACUUUUGGUGAAAUUAGGAGUUCCUGUCAAUGGCCUAGACAAUCACAAAGAAACACCCUUACACUACGCCCUAAGUUUGAGAAAAACUAGAAUGGCAACAACUCUUUUAGAAUACUCUGCAGACGUAAACGCGAUGAGUAAAGAUAAGAUAUUUCCUCUAUUUUUGGCUGUAGCAGACGGAUGCUCUCAUGAUCUUGUUAAACUCAUUGUAGAGAAAGAAGCAAAUGUUAAUGAAAAAACAAUAGAUGGAGAAACGGCUCUACACUUUGCUUGUAGAAUUGAGGACCAUGAGAUGAUCGCAUUCCUCAUUGCACACAAGGCUGACAUUAAUAAUUUAGAUAAAGUAGGUCAAACUCCUUUAUCAUUGAUAAAGGAUAGAAAGUCAAGAGCAGCACAAGUUGUACUGGAACAUAUCGCUAAAAUGAAGAAAAAUGGUUCAUUUAUUUUACAAGAAAAUUUGGAACUCAUUGCAAAAGACGCUGAUUUACAGCAAUACUUAGAACAGUGCAAAGAUUUCAAGGAGCAAGAGUAGUUUUUCUAUUAAAACGAAGUGUUUUUUAUUUCUCACCUAUCGUGGUCUAUAUAAGUGGAAAAAGCAGUUUUUUUAAUUACUCAACAUUAUUUUAUGUUAUAUUUUCUAAUUAAUUAUCUUGUAAGUUUUAUGUUUUUCAAUAUCAAUGUUAUUCACGUCAUUAGAACGAUUAUGCAGCAAAUCGUAAAUGCAAAUAAAAGAGAAUUUUUGGUAAUA